AUAGGAUUCACAAGUUCUUUAUGGGGCUUCGUGAUGAGUUUGACAGACCUCGUUCCCAGAUUUUGUCAAUGCUGAGGCUUCCGUCCCUUCAUGAGGUGUGUGCGAUGAUUGAGCAACAUGACCACUGUAUCCAUAUUACAUCACUUACCGGUUGCGACCUUGACUCCUCAGGCCGACCAGAUAACCCUUGCUACAACUGUAGGAUCUUGUUCAGGACCCUUGGCUUGGGGUGGACAGCGCUCAGACCAUCGUCGUUAGUGUGCCCCAGAUCAGCGUAGAUAGGGGGAUUCUCAUCAGUGUGAUUAUUGUGACUAAACAAGACAUCUUAGGGCUGCUUGCUAGAAGCUCCAUCCGGAGCUUUACCGCCUCGCAGCCAUAUUGUUGUCAUUGCUGAGGUACCACCACCUACAGCCGUUGCUCCUGCUACUGCUCCUCCUUGGUAGAGUGAUAUGAAUGUUAUUAUCACUUCUCACUUGGAUAUACUUAUGUCAGCCUUGACUUAUCUGGGUCCGACUAUUGCUGCUGCGACUACUACAGAGGUUGGGGAAUAUUGAUGAUGCUGUCCCUUUCUUUGGGAGAGGAUUCAACAAAAUCUAUCCACUUAUCAUGGUUAUAUAUACCUUAUUGAUAGCAAGCAAUUUUUUUUAUCGUGUCCUUGAAUAUUUUGGAAACUGGAAGACAUUCAAGCUCCAAAGUGAAACUGAUGAUUUGAAUGGAUUUGGCCCAUCAGGAAUAAUUAUUUUGCAGAAAGGGUAAUGUUUUGGCAAAUCCAUGUGCACACUACAAUUUGUUCUUUUGAGUUGGGAAAAAAAAGGGGAGGGGGCAGAAAAGAACGGUCUGCGCUUGAACAAGGACAUAAAGUUGGUGAACUUGUUAUUCCUUUGGCAAGGACUUCUGAUCUUGAGUCUAGCAGCAAUAGCGCAGUAUGUGAGUUUCAAGUAGCAUCUGAAAGAAGUGCCAUAUUGUAUUUCAUUAUCUGCAAAGCACACAUCACUGUCCAACACAUGCUUGGACACCAAACGAUGUAUAAAGAGUAAAUCAUGUU